AUGGAGGACGUCGACUUGGGCAAGGACCGAACUCAACUCAUUGAUUUUGUAUAUGCAAAUGGAAAUGGAUCAGCAUCAAACUUGAAUAACAGAAAUAAUAUUCCAUUGUCGGAAAAAGCGGCAAAAGAACCUCUUCAAACUCAACCCCAAGAAGCUCCACCGGCACCGAAACCCAAAGUACAGAAACAAAAACCACCUGUAAAACCAAAAAAGCGAAUUGCAUGCAGUCCAGGAUCAGCAAUAUGUCUAUUCUUGCUCGCAGUUGCUGCAAUUAUAUUUGCAGCUUUCCUCGGGCAUUAUCUUACAAAACAAAAUUACGAAAUGAUGCAAUUCAAAAGUGCCAACGAGUCGAUGACAACCUGUAAAAAUUUCACAAGAUCCCAUAAGAAACAUCAGGAUAUUGUAAAUGAAGAGGAUGCUGAUGAGAAUGCCUCAAUCAAGCAGCCAACAAAAGAAGAAUUAGCUCUACCAAAGAACGUGCAACCUGUUUGGUACGAUGUUAGCCUUUCUCCAAAAGUUGGUGGCAACGGAACCAUGGGAUUAGCUCAUGUAAAGUUGAAUAUCGAAGAGCCAACCAACAAGAUUGUUCUAAAUGCUAAGGACAUUGAAUUCACAAGAAAUUUGGAAAAGAUUCAACUUUCGAAAGAAGUUACUAAAAGAGCAAAGAAAUCGGUCGAUUCCGGUACAAACUCAACAUCCGAAAUGCCAGAAGGUUCCGGAGAAGAAGCAAUGGCAACGACUGCUACUACAACCACAACUGAGUCAACAACCCCUGUUUCGUCUUUUGUUGAUACAGGAAUCAAAGUGACAAACAUUGAAUUUGACGAGAACUUGGAGAAAGUCACUUUGACUUUGGAUCAAGAAUUGAAAAAAGGAAGUACCGUUGUUCUCAAGAUUCCAUUUACAUCAAAAGUUUCCAAUAAUAAUGGAUUAAAAGAAUACAAAUACAAAAAUUCUGAAGGAAAAGAACAAAGCAUGUUCACAACUCAACCAAGUUAUUCUUAUUUACGUCAUGUGUUCCCAAGCUUUGAUCAAGAAGCAUUCAAAGCUCCAGCUGCAAUCACUUUAAUGCAUUCAAAAGGAUCAAUUGUUGUUGCUAAUACUGGAGUAAAAACAAAGGAUGAUGGAGAUGCUCAAACUUCAACUCUCAAUAAAGUUCUCGAUCCUGAUUUUGUUAUUGGAGAUCUUGUUGCAAGUGAAGUAAACACCACUAGUGGAAUUACUAUCAGAAUUUGGACAAGACCAGAAGUCAAACACUCCACUGAACAAUCAUUGGACUAUGCUAACCAAGCAAUUGACGCAAUGGAACAUAUUCUUCAAUCAAGAUUAGAAAGCAAAAGUUUAGAUAUUGUUGCUGUUCCUGGAUUCCAAACUGGAAACAGAGUGAGCCCAUCGUUCAUUGUUCUCCCAGAAGAAGAUAUUUUGUACAAUGAACAAUCGAAUGACAUAAAUCAAAAAACUCGAAUCGCCAGAAUGAUUUCUAAUAGAAUUGCUGCUCAGUGGUUUGGUGGAAUUACAAAUCCUGAAGAGUUUGGCACAUUCUGGCUCAAUGAAGCUCUGCCAAGAUUCCUCGAAGUUGAAGCUUUGGAGAAGAUUUUAGAUAUUAAUUCGGACGAUUUAUGGACUUAUGAAAUGGAGAAAAUUCUGGAAAGAGAUGCAACAGCUACAUCUCAACCUUUAAGAGUGAAAAAUGUGUUUUCUUCUGCAGAUAUUGCCGAAAUUGAUCAUGAGUUUAUUGGAAAGAAAGGAGCUGCUGUCCUUCGAAUGAUUCAGAAAUCUGUUGGAGUUAAUGUUUUCAAUAAGGCUAUAAGAAGCUUUGUAUCUUCAUAUCGUUCGGCAUAUCCUUAUGAUGAUGGUCUCUGGAAAUCAUUCGAAAAGGCACUCGGAGGAAAAUUAAAAGGAUGGAACAAUGAGCCACUUGAUGUUGCAAAGUUCGUCAAUACUUGGGUAGAUCAAAUCGGAUUCCCACUAGUUUCCGUUGAGAAACUGGACGAUGAAACUGUAGAAUUAUCUCAAGAGAGAUUCAAGAAUGAUCAUAAAACAAAGGAACAAUUCAAAUUCCGAAAUGCUAAAUAUUGGUUUAACUGGGAAGUUCCAUUGUUCCUUAAAAGUUCUGGACCAGUUGGAAAUGUUUCAUGGCUUCAUGAAGCAUUCAGACUUCCAUUAAAUACAUCUGAUUCAAUUUAUUUGAAUACUGAUUCGAAUGGAGUUUAUCGUGUUAAUUACGAGGAGAAACGGUGGAAUGAUAUUGCAAAGCAAUUGGAAAAGUCUCACGGAAAAUUGUCAGAAAGAACUAGAGCUCGUCUUAUUUCUGAUGUGUUUGCAUUGGCAAACAGUGGAGCUCUUCCAUUCGAAACAGCUCUCAAUGUUACAUCAUAUCUUCCAAUGGAAACUGCAACUGUUCCAUGGCUUAUUGCAACACGAAUUUUCAAAAAGUUGACAGAAAGAUUAGAAGGUGCACCAAUACAAGAUAAACUUAACAGCUUCAUCUAUCAAAAAAUACACAAAAAGUUUGAAGAAAUAAGUUCAUCUCCUGGUGAAGCAAGCUCCAACUAUCUCAAAAACCGUCUUUACGCCAACCUUCUCGACUUGAUGGCCAUUGUGAAACCAGAAAAAUCGAAUGAAAAACUGAAUGAAUUAUUCGUUGAAGGAUUCCUCGCUCCGUGCCAAUUUUCUGGAAAUUUCAGCAGUGACUGCUCAGAGGUGCCAGGGGAUCUUCGAGAGAAGGUGUACUGCAAUGGAGUUGAAUUUGGAAAUGACACAGUCUUUGAAACAGUCCGCGAACUUGCCGAAAAGGAAGUCGAUGGAGCCGAAAAAGAUCUUCUCCAAAAUUCUCUCGCCUGUUUUAGAGAUCCACGUGCUCUCCGUCGCCUCAUUUUGGAUAAUCUCAACAGUACUUCUACAGUAACACUACUACUGAGAAAAAUGAAUAGCCGUCCAGUUGGAAAAGAAAUUGCAACAAAUUGGAUUAUCGAUAACUGGUCAACUGUAUUAAAAAAGAAAUUCAAAAAUGAUCCAGAAACAUUAAAUGCAAUUGCUGAUGCUGGAAUCAUUUUGGACAAUGAAAGAGAAAAGAGCAUGAUUGAGACAUUCAUGGAGCAUCAUCAUAAGAGCACACAUGGAAUUGAAAGUUUGGAUAAAAAGAUUGAAGAGGCGACAACAGAUAUCUACUGGAGAAAGCAGAAGAUUAAUGAAUUGAAUGAUUAUUUGGAUGGAAAAAUGAAAGGCCCAGCCAAAGAUGAUGAAAUGGAAAGCAGUGAAGAGCAGGAAUAAAUGAAUUUCCAUACAAUGACAAAAACUAUUAGUGACAGAUAACAUAAACACUUGAUUUUAUUUAUUAAUGUGAAACCGGUCAGAGUUCAUAAUUUUUGUUGUAACUUGUGUUUGCCUCAACAUUGAAUAAAAUGUUUAUAAAUCGGACA